CACCACCUGGUCCAAAAAUUCCCCCGAGGGAACCGAGGGGCUCUGCACGCACCAGCUCUGGCCGGGCUGCGGGGACCGCUGCGGCGGGGCGCGGAGCGGGGAGGGUAGGCGGAGGAGGGAGCGGAGGAGGGAGGAGGAGGAGCAAAAGGUGUUGGAGAGAAAACUUCUAAAAGGAACAGGAAACUUGCCGGGGAGGCGGCGGCGGCUGCGGCUCUCUGGGCGUCCGGGCGGCGCACGUCGCGGGGUGUCCGGAGCUGCAGCGCCGCUCCUGGCGGCUUCCCCGGCGCGGGGCAGGGCUGAGCCCGACACUCGAUCCCUCGGGCCGUGCCCGCCGCCGCCGCUCUGGGCGCUGCAGGCGAGCGCUCCGUUCCGCCUCUACCGCGGCGGCUCCCCGGAGAGGGCGGCGAGGGCGCAGAGAAGAGGAGGGACGUCUUCUGCGGAGCAUGAAGCAGCAUGUCCGAUAAAAUGUCCAGCUUCCUCUACAUAGGGGACAUCGUGUCUCUGUACGCGGAGGGCUCGGUCAACGGCUUCAUCAACACGCUGGGGCUAGUGGAUGACAGAUGUGUGGUGCACCCAGAGGCGGGGGACCUCGCCAACCCUCCCAAGAAGUUCCGAGACUGCCUCUUUAAGGUGUGCCCUAUGAACCGAUAUUCUGCUCAGAAACAAUAUUGGAAAGCCAAGCAAGCUAAACAAGGGAACCACACAGAGGCAGCCUUGCUGAAGAAAUUACAGCAUGCUGCAGAACUGGAACAAAAACAAAAUGAAUCAGAGAAUAAGAAGCUGUUGGGAGAAAUUGUGAAAUAUAGUAAUGUUAUACAACUACUGCAUAUAAAAAGCAACAAGUAUCUGACUGUCAACAAGAGAUUACCGGCUUUACUGGAGAAGAAUGCCAUGCGCGUGUCCUUGGAUGCUGCAGGAAAUGAAGGGUCUUGGUUUUAUAUUCAUCCCUUCUGGAAGCUGAGAAGCGAGGGUGACAAUAUUGUUGUCGGAGAUAAGGUUGUUUUGAUGCCCGUGAAUGCAGGACAGCCACUACAUGCCAGCAACAUAGAGCUUCUUGAUAAUCCAGGGUGUAAAGAGGUGAAUGCUGUUAAUUGCAACACUAGCUGGAAAAUCACUUUAUUCAUGAAAUAUAGUUCCUAUCGAGAGGAUGUACUAAAAGGGGGUGAUGUUGUUCGAUUGUUUCAUGCGGAACAAGAGAAGUUUCUGACUUGUGAUGAAUAUGAGAAAAAACAGCACAUUUUCCUUCGUACAACUUUGCGUCAAUCAGCCACUUCUGCCACCAGUUCUAAAGCACUCUGGGAAAUAGAGGUAGUUCAUCAUGACCCAUGCCGUGGAGGUGCAGGACAAUGGAACAGCUUGUUCAGGUUUAAACAUCUUGCAACCGGGAACUAUUUAGCUGCAGAGCUUAACCCUGAUUAUCGAGAUGCCCAAAAUGAAGGAAAAAAUGUGAGAGAUGGAGAUCUUCCAACUUCAAAGAAGAAACGCCAGGCAGGGGAGAAGAUCAUGUACACUUUGGUCUCAGUCCCACAUGGAAAUGACAUUGCAUCCCUUUUUGAACUGGAUGCCACAACUCUUCAGAGAGCGGACUGCCUGGUCCCAAGGAAUUCAUACGUUCGGUUAAGACAUUUAUGUACAAACACGUGGGUAACCAGUACUAGCAUCCCCAUAGACACAGAUGAAGAGAGGCCUGUUAUGUUGAAGAUCGGAACUUGCCAAACAAAAGAAGAUAAAGAAGCUUUUGCCAUUGUGUCUGUCCCGCUGUCUGAGGUCCGAGACUUAGACUUCGCCAAUGACGCAAAUAAAGUGCUGGCGACCACAGUUAAAAAGCUGGAAAACGGCACAAUAACUCAGAAUGAAAGGAGGUUUGUGACCAAAUUAUUGGAAGACCUUAUCUUCUUUGUUGCUGAUGUACCUAACAAUGGACAAGACGUUCUGGAUGUGGUAAUCACCAAGCCAAACCGAGAACGUCAGAAAUUAAUGAGGGAACAAAACAUAUUGGCACAGGUAUUUGGGAUUCUGAAAGCACCCUUUAAGGAGAAAGCAGGAGAAGGCUCAAUGCUGAGACUUGAAGAUCUGGGGGAUCAAAGAUACGCCCCCUACAAGUACAUGCUGAGGCUGUGCUACCGUGUGCUGAGACAUUCACAGCAGGACUACCGGAAAAAUCAGGAAUAUAUUGCUAAGAAUUUCUGUGUCAUGCAGUCCCAGAUUGGCUAUGAUAUUUUGGCAGAAGAUACCAUCACAGCUUUGUUGCACAACAACAGAAAACUACUAGAGAAACACAUCACAGCAAAAGAAAUAGAAACAUUUGUUAGUUUACUCAGGAGAAAUCGGGAGCCAAGGUUUUUGGAUUAUUUAUCAGAUCUCUGUGUGUCUAACACCACCGCUAUACCUGUAACUCAAGAACUCAUCUGCAAAUUUAUGUUGAGCCCAGGCAAUGCAGAUAUUCUCAUUCAAACUAAGCUGGUCUCAAUGCAAGGAGACAACCCCAUGGAGAGCGCCAUCCUUUCAGAUGACAUUGAUGAGGAAGAAGUUUGGCUCUACUGGAUUGACAGCAACAAGGAACCUCAUGGCAAAGCUAUCAGGCACCUUGCUCAGGAAGCAAAAGAAGGCACCAAGGCUGAUUUAGAAGUUCUUACCUACUACAGGUACCAGCUAAAUCUCUUUGCAAGGAUGUGUUUGGAUCGCCAGUAUCUGGCCAUAAACCAAAUUUCUACGCAGCUCUCUGUUGAUUUGAUCCUGCGGUGUAUGUCGGAUGAGAGCCUGCCCUUUGACCUCCGAGCAUCUUUUUGUCGCCUUAUGCUGCACAUGCAUGUUGACCGGGAUCCCCAGGAGUCUGUGGUGCCUGUUCGCUAUGCCAGGCUCUGGACAGAAAUCCCCACGAAGAUCACGAUUCAUGAAUAUGAUUCUAUAACAGACUCUUCCAGAAAUGAUAUGAAGAGGAAAUUUGCACUGACAAUGGAAUUUGUUGAAGAAUACUUGAAAGAGGUUGUAAAUCAGCCUUUUCCUUUUGGAGAUAAAGAAAAAAACAAACUGACAUUUGAGGUGGUCCACUUGGCUCGGAAUCUUAUAUACUUUGGAUUUUAUAGUUUCAGUGAAUUACUAAGGCUAACAAGAACACUUCUGGCUAUCCUCGAUAUUGUUCAGGCCCCCAUGUCAUCAUAUUUUGAAAGAUUAAGCAAAUUUCAAGAUGGAGGAAACAAUGUCAUGAGAACCAUCCAUGGGGUGGGAGAACUGAUGACCCAGAUGGUGCUCAGCAGAGGUUCCGUCUUCCCCAUGAGUGUGCCUGACAUCCAGCCCAGCCUGCAUCCCAGCAAGCAGGGGGGCCCCGCCGAGCACGAGGAUGUCACUGUCAUGGACACCAAGCUGAAGAUUAUUGAGAUUUUACAGUUUAUCCUGAGUGUCAGACUGGAUUAUAGGAUCUCAUAUAUGCUGUCAAUAUAUAAGAAGGAAUUUGGGGAGAACAAUGGAAAUGCGGAAACGUCCACCAAUGGCUCUCCCGAUACAUUGCUGCCAUCAGCUAUUGUUCCUGACAUAGAUGAAAUUGCAGCUCAGGCAGAAACUAUGUUUGCUGGAAGAAAGGAAAAAAAUCCAGUUCAACUUGAUGAUGAAGGAGGCAGGACAUUUUUACGGGUCCUCAUCCAUCUAAUCAUGCAUGACUACCCUCCUCUGCUAUCAGGAGCCCUGCAGCUGCUGUUCAAGCACUUCAGCCAGAGAGCGGAAGUUUUACAGGCAUUUAAACAGGUGCAGUUACUGGUGUCCAAUCAGGACGUAGAUAACUACAAACAAAUCAAGGCAGACCUAGACCAGCUUCGACUAACUGUAGAAAAAUCCGAGUUAUGGGUUGAGAAGAGCAGCAGCUAUGAGAAUGGAGAAAUGGGUGAAAAUCAAGUAAAAGGUGGUGAAGAGCCAAUUGAGGACUCAAACAUUUUAAGUCCAGUGCAAGAUGGAACAAAGAAACCUCAGAUUGACAGCAAUAAGAGCAACAACUACCGGAUUGUAAAGGAGAUUUUGAUUAGGCUAAGUAAACUCUGUGUACAGAAUAAAAAGUGUCGGAAUCAACAUCAACGAUUACUGAAAAAUAUGGGAGCCCAUUCAGUGGUGUUAGACCUGCUGCAGAUACCCUAUGAAAAGAAUGAUGAAAAGAUGAAUGAAGUAAUGAAUCUGGCCCAUACAUUCCUGCAGAAUUUCUGUCGGGGAAAUCCACAGAAUCAAGUUCUCCUACAUAAACAUCUGAAUUUGUUCUUAACCCCUGGUCUCCUUGAAGCAGAAACCAUGCGGCACAUCUUCAUGAACAAUUACCAUCUGUGCAAUGAAAUUAGCGAGAGGGUUAUCCAACACUUCGUGCACUGCAUUGAGACGCACGGCCGCCACGUGGAGUACCUGAGGUUUCUGCAGACGAUUGUCAAAGCAGAUGGUAAAUAUGUGAAGAAAUGCCAGGAUAUGGUGAUGACCGAGUUGAUAAAUGGGGGUGAAGAUGUGCUGAUAUUUUACAAUGAUAGAGCAUCAUUUCCCAUCCUUCUCCAUAUGAUGUGUUCAGAGAGAGACCGAGGGGAUGAGAGUGGCCCCUUAGCCUACCACAUCACCCUUGUGGAGUUGCUGGCAGCAUGCACAGAGGGGAAAAAUGUCUACACUGAAAUCAAGUGCAAUUCCCUUCUGCCCCUGGACGACAUAGUGAGGGUGGUGACCCAUGACGACUGCAUCCCUGAGGUUAAAAUUGCUUAUGUGAAUUUUGUUAAUCACUGUUAUGUUGACACUGAAGUGGAAAUGAAAGAAAUCUACACAAGUAACUACAUUUGGAAAUUAUUUGAGAACUUCUUGGUGGAUAUGGCAAGGGUUUGCAACACAACUACAGACAGGAAACACGCAGACACCUUUUUGGAGAAGUGUGUUACUGAGUCAAUAAUGAACAUUGUGAGCGGCUUUUUUAAUUCUCCCUUUUCAGACAACAGUACCAGCCUGCAGACACAUCAGCCAGUUUUUAUUCAGCUGCUCCAGUCUGCCUUCAGAAUUUACAAUUGCACCUGGCCAAAUCCAGCACAGAAAGCCUCGGUGGAGUCCUGUAUCAGAACUUUGGCUGAAGUGGCAAAGAAUCGUGGAAUUGCCAUUCCAGUGGAUUUGGACGGCCAAGUUAAUACUCUUUUUAUGAAGAGUCAUUCCAAUAUGGUGCAGAGAGCGGCCAUGGGUUGGAGACUAUCAGCUCGCUCUGGACCACGCUUUAAGGAAGCUCUUGGAGGGCCUUCUUGGGAUUAUAGAAAUAUUAUUGAAAAGUUACAGGAUGUAGUGGCGUCCUUGGAGCAACAGUUCAGCCCGAUGAUGCAGGCUGAAUUCUCCGUGUUGGUUGAUGUGCUGUACAGUCCAGAGCUACUGUUUCCUGAGGGGAGCGAUGCAAGAAUAAGAUGCGGUGCUUUCAUGUCCAAGUUGAUUAAUCAUACAAAGAAACUGAUGGAGAAAGAAGAAAAAUUGUGCAUUAAAAUUCUUCAAACUUUACGAGAAAUGCUAGAGAAGAAAGACAGCUUUGUGGAAGAGGGUACUACAUUAAGAAAAAUACUCCUGAAUCGGUACUUUAGAGGCGAUUAUGGUGUCUGUAUGAACGGACACCUCUCUGGAGCCUACUGCAAAUCUGCACAAGGAGGAGGAAGCUUUUCUGGACAAGAUUCAGAUAAGAUGGGGAUAUCCAUGUCAGAUAUUCAGUGUCUACUGGAUAAAGAAGGUGCAUCUGAACUUGUCAUCGAUGUUAUAGUGAACACCAAAAAUGACAGAAUUUUUUCGGAAGGCAUUUUACUUGGCAUUGCCUUGCUUGAAGGAGGAAAUACACAAACUCAGUACUCCUUCUACCAGCAGUUGCAUGAACAAAAAAAGUCAGAAAAAUUCUUCAAAGUUCUCUAUGACCGAAUGAAGGCUGCUCAGAAAGAGAUAAGAUCAACAGUGACAGUUAAUACCAUAGACUUAGGUAACAAAAAAAGGGAUGAUGACAAUGAAUUGAUGACAUCUGGACCACGAAUGAGAGUAAGAGAUUCAUCAUUACAUUUAAAAGACGGAAUGAAAGGGCAAUUAACAGAAGCUUCUUCGGCAACAUCCAAAGCGUACUGUGCAUACAGAAGAGAAAUGGAUCCAGAAAUAGACAUCAUGUGCACAGGAUCAGAAGCGGGAAACGCUGAGGAAAAGUCUGCGGAGGAAGUAACAGUGAGCCCUGCCAUUGCCAUCAUGCAGCCGAUUCUGAGAUUUCUUCAGUUACUCUGUGAGAAUCACAACCGGGAACUGCAGAAUUUCUUGAGGAAUCAAAACAACAAAACAAAUUACAACCUUGUCUGUGAGACCCUUCAGUUUUUGGACUGCAUUUGUGGAAGUACGACGGGUGGCCUGGGCCUCUUGGGUCUCUACAUCAAUGAGAAGAAUGUAGUGCUGGUCAACCAGACUCUGGAGAGCUUGACUGAGUAUUGCCAGGGCCCAUGCCAUGAAAAUCAGACAUGUAUUGCUACUCAUGAAUCUAAUGGGAUUGAUAUCAUCAUUGCUUUGAUUCUAAAUGACAUAAACCCUCUUGGUAAAUAUCGAAUGGACCUGGUGCUCCAACUAAAGAACAAUGCCUCCAAGCUUUUGCUGGCCAUCAUGGAAAGUAGACAUGACAGUGAGAAUGCAGAAAGAAUUCUAUUUAACAUGAGACCCAGAGAACUGGUGGAUGUGGUGAAGAACGCCUAUAACCAAGGAUUGGAAUGCGAUCACGGGGAUGAUGAGGGCGGAGAUGAUGGUGUUUCCCCAAAAGAUGUUGGACACAAUAUCUAUAUUCUGGCCCAUCAGUUGUCACGCCACAACAAACUCUUGCAGCAGAUGCUCAAACCAGGAUCCGAUCCAGAUGACGGUGAUGAAGCCUUAAAGUAUUAUGCCAACCACACUGCACAGAUCGAGAUUGUUCGGCAUGAUAGGACAAUGGAGCAAAUAGUGUUUCCCGUCCCCAAUAUAUGUGAAUACCUCACGCGAGAAUCCAAGUGCCGCGUGUUCAAUACCACGGAAAGGGAUGAACAAGGAAGUAAAGUGAAUGACUUUUUCCAGCAAACGGAAGAUCUCUACAAUGAGAUGAAGUGGCAGAAGAAAAUCAGGAGUAACCCUGCCCUGUUCUGGUUCUCAAGGCACAUUUCUCUCUGGGGGAGCAUCUCCUUCAACCUGGCUGUGUUUAUCAACUUAGCUGUGGCUCUCUUCUACCCAUUUGGGGAUGAUGGAGAUGAAGGUACACUUUCACCGUUGUUCUCAGUUCUGCUUUGGAUAGCAGUUGCAAUCUGCACAUCUAUGCUGUUUUUCCUCUCCAAGCCUGUGGGUAUUCGGCCAUUUCUUGUGUCAGUAAUGCUCAGAUCAAUAUAUACAAUAGGUCUUGGGCCUACGUUAAUACUUCUUGGUGCAGCUAAUCUUUGUAAUAAAAUAGUAUUUCUGGUGAGUUUUGUCGGAAACCGUGGCACGUUCACCCGAGGGUACCGAGCGGUCAUCCUGGAUAUGGCCUUUCUCUACCACGUAGCAUAUGUCCUGGUUUGCAUGCUGGGCCUCUUUGUCCACGAAUUCUUCUAUAGCUUCCUGCUUUUUGAUUUAGUAUAUAGAGAAGAGACUCUGCUCAAUGUCAUAAAAAGUGUCACACGGAAUGGCCGCUCCAUUAUUCUAACUGCAGUCCUCGCCCUCAUCCUUGUCUACCUGUUUUCCAUUAUUGGAUUCCUUUUUCUGAAGGAUGACUUCACUAUGGAGGUGGAUAGGCUGAAAAACAGAACUCCCCUCACAGGUAGCAAUGCAGUUUCUGCUAUGACUUUCGCUUCAAUCCUGGGAACAUGUGAAAAGGAAAACUGCUCACCCACAAUACCAGCUUCAAAUACAGCUGCUGAGGAGUAUGAAGAUGGAAUUGAAAGGACGUGUGACACCCUCCUUAUGUGCAUUGUGACUGUCCUGAACCAGGGCCUCAGGAACGGUGGCGGCGUGGGAGAUGUGCUGAGAAGACCCUCAAAAGAUGAGCCCUUGUUUGCUGCCCGAGUGGUGUAUGACCUUCUUUUUUAUUUCAUUGUCAUCAUUAUCGUUCUUAACUUGAUUUUUGGGGUUAUCAUUGAUACUUUUGCGGAUCUCAGAAGUGAAAAACAGAAAAAAGAAGAAAUUCUAAAGACAACCUGCUUCAUCUGUGGACUCGAGAGGGACAAGUUUGAUAAUAAAACGGUUUCUUUUGAGGAGCACAUCAAGUCAGAACACAACAUGUGGCAUUAUUUGUACUUCCUAGUCCUGGUGAAGGUGAAAGACCCAACUGAAUACACUGGACCUGAAAGUUACGUGGCUCAAAUGAUUGUGGAGAAGAAUUUGGACUGGUUUCCUCGGAUGCGAGCUAUGUCCCUCGUUAGCAAUGAAGGUGACAGUGAACAAAAUGAGAUUCGGAACCUGCAGGAGAAGUUGGAAUCGACCAUGAGUCUGGUCAAACAGCUGUCCGGUCAGCUGGCGGAGCUGAAGGAGCAGAUGACAGAACAAAGGAAGAAUAAGCAGAGACUGGGCUUUCUCGGAUCAAACACACCCCAUGUGAAUCAUCACAUGCCACCACACUGAUACCAUGGGGGCAGCCGUGACUAGCCUUUCAUCAGUGUACUGCCUGAUCACUGAAUAAAGAACUGAGAUGGA